AGUGCACUCCAAACAACUGCACUGUUGAGGACAGGCACUCACACACACACACCAACCACACAGUGACAUGCUCUUAUUGCCCAGGACAACAACAUCAUUGCAGAUUCUCCCUCCUCCUCCUUCCUCUUUUUGGGAAUUUGGGCAUAGUUCAGUGUGAACAGGGAAGGGGACACCUGUAACUGAGGAGCGGGAGUCGGUGCAUCUGAUCUGGGAUCAGUUUUAGGAGGAGUCCUCGGAUACAAACGGGCUGCAGCGGGAUCAGCGGAACCAGCCAUCACAUCAGCAUAAAGUUUGUCCGUCAUCCUGGGAUCUACAGAGGCAAGCGGAGUGCCGGUGUCGGCCAUGAAGCUGGUGAAUGGAGGAGGAGGAGGUGGCGGAGGAGGUGGAGGAGGUGGAGGUGGAGGAGUGGGAGGAGGGGGAGAGAAGACAGCCUUUUCCUUUAAGAAGUGCUCUGCUUUCCAGUUUGUCAAGAGGAAGGUACGAAGAUGGAUGCGGAACCCCAAGGUGAGCGUGGAGAAGGCCCAGGGGAAAGGCCUCCUCUACCCUUGUCCAAAGUGUCCGCUGGCUGACGACCUGUGGUACACACACUUCCCCUCGCCUUACGGCUGCUGUCACUACGCCGGCCUGCAGGGCGGCCAAUACUACCACCAUGAGCCGUGCUCGCCGUGCCCCUCCGGUGGACAAACUAGCGGCCAUGACAAGAGCAAGGGCUGUAAGGUCAGGAAGUGGAAGAUGCUGGCUCGCCAUCACAGCGACGGUACAGGCAAGCAGAAGGAAACAGAGUCAGACGUCCACCAGGGAGGUUGUCAGUCAUGGGGGGUGCAUGCCUCACCCAUCCUGGCCAGCCCAGUCAUGCUGGAGUGCUCCAUCUGCAGUGGACCCUACAUAAGCUAUGCCCUGGAGGAUAUCUGGCAGCCACGGCAACGCACACAGGCGAUGGACCUGUACUACCACAAUGAGUCAGACCCAGACAGCUACUGUUGCCCUGGCGACAACACUUUCAUGAAACAGAGGAGGAUGGGUCUGAACGACUUCAUUCAGAGGCUUGCCACAAACUCCUACGCCUGCAAGCAUCCUGAGGUUCAGUCUAUUCUGAACUUAAGUCCUCCUCAGGAUGCCGAACUCAUGAACGCAAACCCCUCUCCUCCUCCCAGUCCAUCCCAACAGAUCAACCUCGGUCCAUCCUCCAACCCUUCAGCCAAACCCAGCGACUUUCACUUCCUCAAGGUGAUCGGCAAGGGCAGCUUCGGCAAGGUCCUGCUGGCACGCCACCGCGCCGAUGACCAGUUCUACGCGGUCAAAGUCUUACAGAAAAAGGCCAUUCUCAAGAAGAAGGAGGAGAAACACAUCAUGUCAGAGAGGAAUGUGCUGCUAAAGAAUGUCAAGCACCCGUUCUUGGUGGGUCUGCACUAUUCUUUCCAAACGGCAGAUAAACUCUACUUCAUCCUGGACUACAUCAAUGGAGGCGAGCUGUUCUACCACCUACAGAGAGAGCGCUGCUUCCUUGAGCCCAGAGCCAGGUUCUACGCUGCAGAGAUUGCCAGCGCUCUGGGCUACCUCCACUCCCUCAACAUUGUCUACAGAGACCUGAAGCCAGAGAACAUCCUGUUGGACUCCGAGGGACACAUCAUCCUCACAGAUUUCGGCCUGUGCAAAGAGAACAUCGAACCCAACGGGACCACGUCGACCUUCUGCGGUACGCCAGAGUAUUUAGCUCCUGAGGUGCUACACAAGCAGCCGUAUGACAGGACAGUAGACUGGUGGUGUUUAGGAGCUGUUCUCUAUGAGAUGCUCUAUGGCCUGCCUCCGUUCUAUAGCCGUAACACAGCUGAGAUGUACGACAACAUCCUGAACAAGCCACUGCAGCUGAAACCCAACAUUUCCAACGCAGCCAGACACUUGCUGGAGGGCCUGCUGCAGAAGGACCGGACCAAGAGGCUGGGCUGCACAGAAGACUUUAUUGAAAUUAAGAACCACAUAUUCUUCUCCCCCAUCAACUGGGAUGACCUCAAUUCAAAGAAGAUCACCCCUCCCUUCAACCCCAACGUGACGGGACCCAAUGACCUGCGGCACUUUGAUCCAGAGUUCACAGAUGAGCCGGUGCCCAGCUCCAUUGGCUGCUCCCCAGACAGUGCACUUGUCACAGCCAGCAUCAAAGAGGCAGCCGAGGCCUUUGUGGGCUUCUCCUAUGCCCCUUCUAUGGACUCUUACCUAUAGGAUUUAAACACAGACACUCAAUGGACACCAGUUUAGACUUACAGGACAUGAACCUUGACAUGUCCAUGGAUCUGCAUCUUGACCCCACCCCCUACAUUUCCCAUCAGGAUUGAUGGAUAUUUUCGAACCAACCCCUGCAACAACUCUGCAUCUACAAAAGUUUAUACAUGUGCACUUUCCACAAUCUCUCCAACUCUUAAAUACAUUUAAGAAGACUUGCUACAAGAGGAUGCCUGACAUUAAAAGGACUUAUUGGGGUUGUAAUCCUCCAUUUUACCACAAUUUACCAACGCACAAAUUCUUCAACCUUCCACAGCAGACACAAACCAAGAUCCCUCUUCAGCCUUUGAUUGCUCAUCUGUAACCUGAUAGUGGAGGUCCUUUGCACAUAGCUCAGGCAGCUUAAAAGCCCCCCCCACCCCCCCACCCCCCUUCCGACCCUGAAGCCACAACUGACAAGCACACACACACACCAACUUCCACCUUUUCUCAAAAGAGGAAGGCUGGGCCGUACUGUACCAGCCCUGAAAAGGAAUUCCAUCUUCAUCUGUGUAGCGAAACAUCUUCUCUCUUUUAAGAUUCUGUCUACCACCCAUGGGGACCUGCGUGUUGAGUCUGAACGAGUAGCUCGGAGAUGACAUUCAUUUUGGUGCUUUAGUUUCUUCUUAUUUCCUUUCUGCAUGUUUGAAAAGGGAGUCAUUUGAAGCUGAAUGUUACAGAGGGGGACGUUUUUAUUUCUCUCAAAGGUGCCUUUAUUUUUCUUCCCUUCUCUCCAUCAGAACUCUUUUGGGUUUGUCUGUGUCAAACCUUAAUGUCACAGUUUCACUCGUUGGGUUUUUUUUUUUUUUUUUAAGUCACCAGAGAGGAAUGAUGUAGCACUAAAUUUUAUACUCCUCCUCUGUCUUUAACACGUGAGAUGUAGGAACUCAACUGAUGUUUCAUAUCUUUCAUUUGCACAUAAAACAAUAACGGUAAUGCUGAUAGAGAGAGACAGAGAGAGAGAGAGAGAGCACUGCUGCUAGGUGAGAAAGACAGUAACGUGUUCAGAGGUGUUUGUGUAGUUCUGCUUGCCAACUGUGUCCCCCUCAUAUAGUCUUCCAUUCGCCUCACAGUAAUGUAACGGCGGCCUGCUGACAGGCUGACUACAUUGAAACUGAACAUUCCAUUUUAAUAUUGCUGUAAUGCAGUUUGAUGGUAUUUAAGUUUGUUUGUAUAUUUGGAGUUAUGUGUACUAGUUUUAAUGUAUAUUGAACAAAAAACGACUAAAGGUAUGCUUAAAUAUGUAUAUGUAACAAUUCAUGUUAAAUGUACUGUAAAUUGUAAAAUUGUUUAAGAUUUAUGUGACCAUGUUCAGUUUGCAAUAAAAGUUUAACUUUAU